GACCCUGGACUGCUCACCCCAGUCGACUUCAAAAAGUUUCAGUCCUUGGAGACAGUUCUGGAUUAAGAUAGCCUCGCUCCCAAGGACACAGGUGAGACUCAAGUUGACAUCCAUGGAGAACAGCACAGAAGUGACAGAGUUCAUUCUCUUGGGAUUAACAGAUGAGCCCAGCCUGCAGGUUCCUCUCCUCCUGGCAUUUUUAUUCAUCUACCUGAUCACUGUGGUUGGGAAUGGGGGCAUGAUAGCGAUCAUCGGCUCAGACUCGCGCCUCUAUACCCCCAUGUACUUCUUCCUCAGUAACCUCUCCUUUGUAGACCUGGGCUACUCCUCCGCCGUUGCCCCCAAGGUGGUGGCCACCUUGUGGUCGGGAGACAAGGUCAUCUCCUACAGUGGCUGUGCAGCCCAGUUCUUCUUCUUCGUGGGCUUUGCCACCGUGGAGUGCUACCUUCUGGCUUCCAUGGCCUACGACCGCCAUGCAGUGGUGUGUAGACCACUUCAUUACACCACCACCAUGACGGCGGGAGUGUGCACCUUGCUGACCGCUGGCUCCUUCUUCUGUGGCUUCCUCAAUGCCUCCAUCCACACGGCAGACACCUUCAGCCUUUCCUUCUGUGGGUCUAAUGAAGUUAAUCAUUUUUUCUGUGACAUCCCGCCUCUGUUGGCUCUGGCAUGCUCCGAUACUUGCAUCAGCAAGCUGGUUGUGUUCUUUGUUGUGGGCUUUAAUGUCUUCUCCACCCUCCUCGUUAUCCUCAUUUCUUAUCUCUUCAUAUACAUGACCAUUCAGAGCAUGUGUUCUGCUGAGGGACGGAAGAAGGCCUUCUCCACCUGCGCCUCUCACCUCACUGCCGUCUCCAUCUUCUAUGGCAUGAUCAUCUUCAUGUACCUGCAGCCUGGCUUUGGGCAGUCCAUGGACACAGACAAGAUUGCCUCGGUGUUCUACACCGUGGUCAUCCCCAUGCUGAACCCCCUCAUCUACAGCCUGAGGAACAAGGAAGUGAAAAGCGCUUGCUGGAGAAUACUUUACAAACUGCAUCCUUAA